AUGGGAUGCAGGCCAUUGCCCCAUGUAGCAACCAAAUGGCCCUUGGGCCUGGAUCUGCUGGUCCGAGCAGGUCGCCAAAACAAAGCUCAAACACUACUACAAUUCUUCCUCGAAGUCAUCGAGUCUUCUGGGAUGACGCACGAGCAGCGCCUUCACUUUGGUUUUGGGAAGCGCACCAACAACUUUGGCCCUUUACUGGGAAGCAGCAUCUUCACGCAAGACGGCGAAGCCUGGAAGCAUUCCCGAGCACUGAUCCGUCCACAGCUAGCCGCGAACCGCGAGCAAAACUACGAGGUGAUCAAUAACGCAGUCGAAGACCUCAUCCAGAGCAUACAGGACAAUGCCGUCGUCGAUCUGCAGCCACUAUUCUUCGAGCUAUCCCUCAACACCACACUAUACCUGCUAUUCGGAAACACAAUGGGCCAGUCGCGGAACGGAGAGAGCGCCGCAAAAGACAGCGAGUUUGCCGAAGCAUUCCUCGUUGCACAGGAGUAUCUGUCGCAUCGCGGCCGCCUGGGAAACUACUACUGGCUUGCGAACCCGCCCAAGUUCCAGCGCGCGUGCAAGAUAACGCAUGAUUUCAUCGAGCAAGGCAUACGAGGCGCCCUCGACAGCUCCAAUGCAUCGCCCCAAACUCCUGCUGAGACGGGCGAGAAAAAAGCCCGCACCUUCAUCGAUGCGCUGCUUCGCAAAACGCGAGACCACAAGUUCAUCCGCGACCAGUGCGUCAGCGUGCUGCUAGCAGGCAGAGACACAACCGCCUGUUCGCUCUCCUGGAUGUUCCGCCUGCUCGUGCGCCACCCCCAGGUCCUGGAGAAGCUUCGCGUAGAAAUCGAGGCGACAAUCGGCACUGGGAAAGAGGCGCCAUGCCCCACGCGCACCAUCCUGAAGCGCAUGCCGUAUCUGGAUGCCGUGAUCAAAGAAGUGCUUCGCCUGUACCCGAUUGCACCCGUCAAUGGACGUACGGCAGUGCGCACGACGACGCUCCCGGUUGGCGGAGGCCCCGAUGGCCAAGCACCCUUCCUGGUGCGCAAAGGCGACGUCGUUGGGUAUUUCGUCUACGCGAUGCACCGGCGCAAAGACCUGUAUGGCGCCGACGCGCUUGAGUUCCGGCCCGAGCGAUGGGAAGACGGGACCUUGUUCCGCAAAAUAGGGUAUGGCUAUCUUCCGUUCAAUGGCGGGCCCCGCGUGUGCUUGGGGCAGGAGUAUGCGCUGCUGAUGCUGGGCUACACGGUCACGAGACUGAUUCAAAUGUUUCCGCACAUGAGUCUGCCGCACGAUGAGCCAAUCGAGGAAAUUGAUCGUGAGAGACAGGCCCUGACGCUUGUGCUGGCGCCGGGUGAUGGGUGUCGCGUUCACGUGCGGUCGUAGAUAGAGAGCUGGGAUGUUGUUGGGUCUUUUACAAGUCUAGACGGAGAACAUGUUCUAUAUUAGUUGUUUCCAAUAGUCGAUUAACAUACGUAAUAAU